UGUGUGGUUGUAUAACUCAAAAAAAUGACUGAAAAUAAAGUUUGUGCAAUUAAGCAAUAAAAUUCACCAUCAUACACCAUAAGUCCAUAACAUAUCAUAUCCUAUUAUCCUACCAUACAUUUAAGGUAAUAAUAAUAAUUACAUUUUACACAUUAUUCACGUCCACCUAUAUAACUAUUGUACCCAGCUAAUGUGAUUACGUAUUUUUAGCCUAAUUAUCUAAGAUAUUAGAUAUGUAGGUGAUUUGAGUAUAUAAUUAUGCAUAUUAUACACAUAUAUAAAUAUAUGUUCAUGAACUUAAUUUUUUGAAGUUCAUCAAAAAAACAAAAAACAAAAAAAAAAUAACAUUCAUCUCUAAUCUUAAACUAUAUUAGCCAAGAAAAGUAUUUAAUCAAUGGAGUAUGGUGAGCUCCAACCCACAAAUUCAGCUAGAUUAUCAAAAAACAUACCGCGAAUACAAACCCAAACCCGAAAAGACAUCCUGGUAAAGUAUGCCCUUGUUACACUCCUUGUUUUAUUUUUCCUAGUAGUGUUACUAGCAUCAUUAACAAUUAUUACAAUUGUUGUGAUGAAACACAAACACUACUACAAAACCACCCUUAUUAUUCCAUCAUUAUCAAAUAAUGAUUCUAGUUACUCCCCCGGGUUAAGCCUAGCACCAUCGUCGUCCUCAUCAUCAAUGUCGCUCAUACGGAUAUGUGCCAUGACACGGUAUCCGGACAUAUGUGUUAACUCUCUAGGAGAGUACAUGAUAAACACACAAUUGGUGGAGGAAAGUAACAACCAAGACGGUGUUGAGGCCGCGAUUAGGCAUGGUGAGGUGAAGGCUAAUGUGGUGGUGCAAGUGUCAUUAAAUGUUACAAUGGAGAGAUUAAGAAAAGGAUUAGAUUACUUAAUGAUGGAAAUUAAGGGUUUAGAUGAAAUUAAGGAGUCAUUUCAAUGGUCAGCUCAUGAUGAUUGUGUAGGGUUCAUACAAGAUACGGUGGACUUGCUCACACGUACUCGUCCCCUCCUAAUGAAGACGUUAUCAUCAACAUCUAAUUAUCAAGAUAAUAAUAAGAGUCAAAGCCAUAUGGUUGACUUGAUGACGUGGAUGGCAACUGUAUGCUCAAACCAAGACACGUGUACGGAGGGAUUUGAGGAAGCAGGUGGAGCAACAAAACAUCAGACGGCCCAGAUCAUUCAAGAGUUGUGGCAAAUAAUAAGCAACCACUUGGAUCUUUCAAGCAUGGUAGUAAAUUGCGACGUCGUUUCAGGUAGAAAGUUAAUGGGCCUUGAGCCCAAUAAUAUGGAUCACAAAAAUCUUGGUGACCCAAAAUGGAUAUCAAAGAAGCACAAAAAGUUGUUGGGCUCACCACUAUCAAUCAUUCAGCCCAAUGUAACAGUUUCUCAUCAUGGUAUUGGGCCUAAUGUUACUGUUAGGUCCAUUAAAGAGGCCAUUGAAAUGGCUCCCAAGAACAGUAGUGUUCCAUUCAUCAUACAUAUCAAGGCAGGAAGGUAUCAAGAGAUGAACUUAACCGUGGGAAAAUCUAAAACCAAUCUAUGGUUUAUAGGGGCUGGUAAAGGCAAGACGAUCAUUACGGGUAAUAAAAGCGUUAAAAUGAGUAAUAUAACAACUAUUAAGACCGCUACUUUUGGAGUCACGGGUGCGGGUUUUGUGGCUCGUGGUAUAACCUUUGAGAGCACGGCAGGACCACAAAAUCACCAAGCUGUAGCACUCUUGGUAAAAUCCGAGCACUCGGUGUUUUACGAGUGUGAGAUGAAAGGUUAUCAAGACACCUUGUACGUACAUUCAAAUCGCCAAUUUUACCGAAACUGUGACAUAUAUGGCACAAUAGACUUCAUAUUUGGUAAGGCACAAGCAGUGUUUCAAAAUUGCACCAUAUACACUCGUAAGCCUAUGGAACAGCAAACGAACACGAUCAUUGCCCAUAAACGACCGUGCUCUAACAUAUGUGCCGGUAUAUCCAUCCACGAAUGUCAAAUUCGUGCUGCCCCGGACUUGGAACCUGUGAAAUCAAACUUCACUACUUACUUGGGACGUCCUUGGAACCAAGGGGCUACUACGGUAUAUAUGCUAUCGUACAUAGGUGAUCAUAUUGAUCCACGAGGGUGGAUACCUUGGAAUUCAACAACUACACUAGAUGAUGUAUUUUAUGGUGAGUUUCAGAACUAUGGUCCAGGAGCUAAUACUAGUCAGAGGGUGGUAUCACCUGGAGUACAUGUUAAUAUGUCAGUUGUUGAGGCAGCGCGAUUUACUGUUGAUCGAUUUGUGGACGGAUCAUCAUGGAUUGGGCAUACAAGAGUGCCAUUUCAAGCAGGAUUAGGGUAUUAGGAAAGAUGGAGCAAUCACCAGAUUAGUUUAGAAUGUGUUUUGGAUGUUUUAACUAAGGCAGAAUUAUUAGUCUAUAUAAGAAAAUAUUAAUAGUACAAUUAAUUUUGUACCAUCCAAUUGUAA